AUGUAUACACGCUUAGGCAACAGAGCAUUAAGAAGCUCAAAUUUAAUUGAUAGGUAUUCAAAGUAGCAUUGAUAAAUAGAGAGCAUAGUAUAAGGAGUAAGAUAAGAUAGAGAAAAAUACUAAGCAAAUCUUUUCUUAUAUAUAAUUUGUUAUAUAUUUAUAAAUAUAAUUAAAUAAUUAUAAUUAAAGAUGGGAUAAACUUAGGGCUCUAAGUAUUAUAAUAAUGCUGACCAAAUUUUGAUUUGCACUCUUUGUCGUGAAGAAAAGCCAUAACAUCAUUUUCAUUGUGGAAAGUGCAGAAAAAAAGCACUGAUAUGUUUUGGUGCUACAUUUGGUUUUGGAAUUUUAGCUAUUGUAACAUCAGUAGCAUAAUUAAGCGAUGGAUGGAGAAUUAUUCUGUCUAUCCUUAUGGCACUUUCAUUUUUUGGUGGCUGUUAUUUUUGUUAAAGUAAACUCACCACAGGAACAAUCAGAUAAUAUGUAGAAAUAUAUGAUUGAUAUUAUUUGUUUAACAUUGAAUUGCC